CGAAACUGUCCAGCGAUGCGCGAUCCUCGUUAACGUGAUGUUGGCGAGUGGCUGCCGCACAACGACCACGGGGCUGCUGGUGAUUGGACUCCUCCUGUGGAUGCAACCUAUUCCGCUCCAGUGUGCGAUGACCCGCAAGCAGCUCAUCAGCUCGAUGGACAUGAUGCGAUCCGCGUGUGCGCCCAAGUUCCAAGUAACAACCGAAACGUUGGAUAACCUCCGGAAGGGCAUCUUCGUGGAAGAUCGCGAGCUCAAGUGCUACACGAUGUGCAUAGCGCAGAUGGCGGGCACGAUGACCAAGAAGGGCGAGGUCAACAUCCAGAAAACGCUUGCCCAGAUGGACGCUAUGCUGCCGCCGGACAUGCGCGACAAGGCGAAGGAAGCCAUCCGUGCGUGCCGCGAAACACAGGGUCAGUACAAGGAUUCGUGCGACAAAACGUUCUACUCGACGAAGUGUCUCGCGGAGUACGAUCCGGGCGUGUUUCUCUUUCCCUGACGGACGGACGGACGAUCUGCUUGUGACGCCGAGCCGGGGGCGAUCGACGUCGUCGGUUGGCACCACGAUCAAGCAACAGGAACACAGCACCAGCAACAGCAGCAGCAGCAUCAGCAACAGCAAUAUUACGCGGCCCAGGCGUCUCUUCUUCGCGCUUGAGUUGGUCGGAUAAAUUAGAGUUAAUUGGACACUUACGCAACGCAACAGACGAUAGGACAGUAAGGUGGUGGUGGUGGUGGUGGUUGGUGAUGAUGGUGU